AAGGACCCGGCUGCUCCCGAGCGGCGCAGACGCCUCAGCCGCCGAGCCCGACGGCUCCAGCCCGCUGCCCGGCCGCCGCGGUGAGAGGGGCCGUGGGGCGGCCUCGGGCUCGCUCGCCGGGCUCGCGAGGGGAGAGCGGGCCCGGGAGAGACCUGGACGGGGCGCUCGGGGGUCCGCAGGGGUGACAGAUGCCUUAGGGCUGCGUGAGCUGCUCCGGAGGCUCAUUGUUGGUGACGGCCCAGGAGCCGGUCUGCCGGGCUCCCCUCUGGCAUCCUCCCACAGCCCACCCGACCAUGGAGGCCCCGGAGGUCCCAGUGGGCUCGUUGAUUGACUUUGGGCCUGAGCCACCUGCCUCCCCCGCCCUGGAGACACCGCCCCCCAUGCUGCAGGAUGGGGACGGCUCCCUGGGCGACGGCGCAUCGGAGAGCGAGACCACUGAGUCGGCAGACAGCGAGAAUGACAUGGGCGAGUCACCCUCACACCCGUCCUGGGACCAGGACCGCCGCUCCUCCUCCAACGAGUCCUUCUCCUCUAGCCAGAGCACCGAGUCGGCCCAGGACGAGGAGACCCUGGCGCUCAGGGAGUUCAUGCGCGGCUACGUGGAAAAGAUCUUCUCCGGAGGGGAGGACUUGGACCAGGAGGAGAAAGCCAAGUUUGGCGAGUACUGCAGCAGCGAAAAUGGAAAGGGCCGGGAGUGGUUUGCUCGAUACGUGAGUGCCCAGCGCUGCAACUCCAAGUGUGUCUCGGAACCGACGUUCUACUGCCUGGUGCAGUCGUUUGCGGUGGUGCUGUUCGAGUGCCAUCAGAUGGAUGACUUUGGGCCCGCCAAGAACCUCAUGACCAUGUGCUUCACCUACUACCACAUCGGAAAACCGAACCUGCUCCCCUCGGAAGCCAAGGAGAAGCCCGCAGGGAGCGUGGACUCCUACCUGAGGUCGGCGAACAGCUGGUUAGCGGAGAAGAAGGACAUAGCCGAGCGGCUGCUGAAGAACACCUCGGCCAGGACGGAAAACGUGAAGGGCUUCUUCGGGGGGCUGGAGACCAAGCUGAAGGGCCCCCUGACCAGGAAAAAUGAGGACGACGAGAACAAGCCCAGGGAGAAGCAGCAGAGGACAGUGACUGUGUACAGCCCGGAGGACGAGAAGAAAGGGGAGAAGAUCUACCUGUACACUCACCUGAAGCAGCAGCCCAUCUGGCACACACUGCGGUUCUGGAACGCGGCCUUUUUCGACGCCGUCCACUGCGAGAGGAGAAAGCGAUCUCCCACUACCAGGGAGAAGUGGUGCCACAUGACCCAGGAGGAGCGUGACGACAGCCUGCGGUUCAACGAGAACAUCACCUUCGGGCAGCUGGGCACGUUCACGCACAACAUGCUGGCCUUCGGGCUGAACAAGAAGCUGUGCAACGACUUCCUGAAGAAGCAGGCCGUGAUCGGCAACCUGGACGAAGAGCAAUAUAAGCUGCUUAGUGAGCACAUCGAGCAAAUGGCUACUGAGUAGGCCACGGAGGCCACACCCCUAGGAGGACUAGGCCGGCGACUGGCCGUCACCCACCUGAUGACCCUGCAUGACGCCAGCAGCACCCAGAGCCACUCCUCGCUGCCCUAGAACUAGCGGUUAGAAGAAUCCGGCUGCCCGUCCUCCCCUCUGCCUGUGUCUGCUGCCCCCUUCCACGUGCCAAAGUGUCCCUUGGAUCUCACGGCUCACACUGAGGUGACCAGCUGUCCCCCCAAGCGCCAGGCUUGUGACAUGAGACCCAGAGGGAGGAGGCCCAGGGCUGGAGAGGGUGGGGGGCACGGGGUGCAGGUGGGAUGGCUGUGAGGCAGGCAGGGCUGCAGCCGGCACGGGCUAGGACAGGAGAACAGGCA